AUGCAUAUUCAGUCAAUUCCCAUGUGGGAGGGAAGCUCCAACAACUACGCUUACCUGGUAGUUGACGAUAAGUCCAAGGAUGCCGUCAUCGUUGAUCCCGCAAACCCUCCCGAGGUUGCGCCUAUCCUGAAGGAUGCUAUUCAGGCGGGGAAGAUCAACUUGACAGCCAUUGUUAACACCCAUCAGAGGCAACAAGAAGCUGACAUUAUCGGUGGCAAAGACUGCGAGGGCGUUACAAAGACACCUGGUCAUGGUGAGACCUUCAAGCUAGGCGACAUCACCUUCAAGGGUGUGCAUACACCUUGCCACACUCAAGACAGCAUCUGCUUCUUUGUGGAAGACGGAAAGGACAAAGCUGUUUUCACGGGUGAUACCCUUUUCAUUGGCGGAUGUGGAAGAUUCUUCGAGGGCAAUGCGGAGGAGAUGCACGAGGCUCUGAACAAGCGGCUCGCGGCGUUGCCUGAUGACACCGUAGUUUAUCCGGGACAUGAGUAUACCAAGGCCAAUGUCAAGUUUGCCGCAUCUGUUUCUCAGCGUGAUGCUGUACAGAAGCUGCAUUCCUUCGCCGAGAACAACAAGGUCACCACCGGCAAGUUUACCAUAGGAGACGAAAAGGAACACAACGUUUUUAUGAGGGUUGAGGAUGCCGAGAUUCAGAAGCAGACAGGUGAGACUGAGCCUGUGGCAGUUAUGGCCAAGUUACGCGAAAUGAAGAACAACUUCAACGCAACCGCCGCUUCCAAGACGCGACAAUCCAAACUUGCCAAGGAGCACAAUGUGACUGCGCAAGAAGAGGGCGAGAUCCGCGAGGCGUUCAGUCUCUUUGCGGAGCCAAUGGACGGCGAGAAGCAUGGUGUCUUGCCUAUUGACGACGUCAAGUCGGCACUCAUAGCCCUCGGUAUUCCGCCCUCUUCUCACGCAGAGCUCAAAGAAUUCGUAUCAAUCCUGGACCCAGAAAACGACGGUUACGCGACAUUUGAACCUUUCUUCGCAAUCUGUGCCCUCAAAUUCCAUACAAGGGAGCACGACUCGGACGCCCAUCGUGCAGAAGUCGAGGAAGCUUUUCGACUAUUCACAAACGGUCAGGAUGGACCCAUUACUCUUGCACACCUCCGACGUGUUGCUGCUGUGCUCAAAGAGGAUGUCGAUGAGGAACUACUCAAGGAUAUGAUUCUCGAGGCGAACGGCGGCGUAGGUGUUGCUAGGGGAGUGGGCGUUGAGGAGUUUGAUGGAGUAAUGAAGAGUGCUGGUGUCUGGAGGUGA